AUGCCCGCCCCCGCCGACGCCGACGCCGCCCUCGCCCGCCUCUUCGACACCCCCCGCCUCGACAGCGAUCAUCUCGUCGGCGCCCUCCAGGAGCACGUAUUCCGCUCCAUGGGCCAGGGCAAGCGUGUGCGAGAAUGGUGCACCCAGGUCACCCGCGCUGUCGAACGAGCCCCUCCGUUUCCCGCCGUCGGUGAAGCACUCGCCACCCCCAUCCUCACCUCCCUCCUCCCCUUCACCCGCCUCCCGUCCAACCCCUACUUUCCCACCCCAGAGCCGCCUAUCCCGCCGCCCCUCUUGUCCAACUCGUCUCUCCCCACACUCACUCACAACCAGCUCAUCGGCGCCCUCGCCCGGCUCAGCAAAGAAGACCGGCGCAUCUCUAAAAAGCUCCACUAUGAGCAAGAACUCGUGCUGGAGGCCUGCCUCGAGUAUAUCGGACGCCGGUGGCGGUCGGCAGCGACUAUCGACGGCAACGUCGUAGAUGACAUCAGCAGAAAACUUACAGAAGUCGAAUUCGAGGUACACCUUCAAGGAUAUCCCCCGACGGUCCGAAACGCGCUGUCCCCCGUUUUACACAAACUUCGCCAUACCCUCGGCUUCAUCACAUCCUCCCAACUCGUCGCCAAACUCUGCUCGACCGGGCCUAGCGCCUGCCCGUACCCCCCGAGCCAGCCUGACGAGAUUGUCUCGUCAUGGGUGGUGAGGCGUCUCCAAGCCGGGGUCAGCUACCAAAACAUCCUGCAUGAGCUCCAUACCGUGCAAUCGGGCUUGUCAGACGACGACCUCUUGCCCAACGUCCUCCGUCCACUCGGCCUCGCAGACGCCUUUUCCUGUCCAUCCACCCCCAGACCCGCCGAACGUCAACCAAAAGGUCUUUCUUUCAAGCCCAAAAUCACCCCCAGAUGGUUAUCCCAUAAACGCGCCAAUUCUUCCAUUAGCAAGCUCCACCCCAUCUCCUCUCCCCUCGCUGCAGCCGACCACCGCCGCCCAUCUUUACCCGUCAUCUCCUCGACACCUUCGCUGUUGACGCCGCCUUACGGGGACAGGCCGUCCUCUCGGGCCAGUGUUUGCUCUUCUCUGGGCUGUACCGACGUCAAAGGUGUCAAGUCGACCCUCCUGGGACAGCUGCUUAUCAUGCGGUACCACAUCCACGGGCAUGAAGACGAAGGCUGGUUCCUCGGCGGUGGGCGCGAGUCGGCAGAAGAGCGACUAACUUCCCUCGAAGCUCGUUCAGGGCCAGAUGAAGAACUCCAACAAGUCUUCUCCUCGCUGCGCGGGGUCUUUUCGCUGCUUCAGCCCGCUCUUUCCGGGAUGAAUAUGCAUACGCGGGAUGUAUCUUUCGACCUCGACCAGUACAUCAAAGACGUUUCGCUUCCUGUUCGGAUCACCGAAGAAGACGAUGAUGAAGAUCCUAUCGAGGCGCUUUACGAUUCUCGCUGCGGGACUUCUGCAUCAAUGCACUCGUUUGCCAGUAUGGACUCGCAGGCCGAGCACGAGUUUGAAGAAGGCCAGAAGCGUGUCUCGGAGCUGAGCACUUUUACUAUCCGGAAAGCUGUAAGGGAAGAAGGGGUCAAGCAUAGGGCUGUGCAAUUUCGGUUCCCUCAACUGCCUCAACUGCCCGAGCUUGCAGUGCCGCAAUCGCCAGACACGCCGACUCGACCCUCUUCGCGUCUUGCGGCGAGCAGAAGCGUACCAGACUUUGAGGACGGCGGUAACUAUACUCGUCUGCCGAGGAGGAUUCUGAGGAAGGAGAGGAACGCGACGAGGUCAGCUCUUCAGCUCGGCACCAAACCCAAUUCAAAGCCGGGACUGGGCUUGAGGAUCGACACGACUACCACCCUUCUCUUGCGCCCUCGACUCUCCCCUCCCCCUUCUUUCAAUUCAGACCUGCCAUACACUUUUCCAGAUCACUCAUUGCCUUCGACACCUACCACCUGCUAUUCUACAUUGACGACAGCGACGGGCAUGGCCACGGCGUCAACCCCGAGGGGGUCGAUGCAGAUGACGGACCAGACCUUGACUAGAAGGCAGAUGCACCGGCAGUGUGUCAUUUUCGAUGGUGCACCCAUCAGCCCGGGGACUGGGGCGGGUAUGGACACUAGUGGGGGCGAGGGACGGUGGUCAGGAGAGAUCUCACUCAACUCGCCGAGUUCGCCUGCUUCUCAGGCUUCGAGGACUUCUAGCACCACUCUCUAUGCGCCAAAGCACUAUCCUUCGCCCGAGUCGCCUAUCCUCUCACCCACACCGACGUUCCAUUCGCCAUGCUCCCCUUCCCCGUCUUUCCUCAUGCCGAGCUCUCCUGUGCCUCUCUCCUCCAUCCUCGCCCUCUUCCAAUCCCUUUCUGAAGGUCAUUCCCUGGAAGCGGCAGAUGUGGAAGAGGCUUUGGGCAGGUUUGUGGAGGAUGAGCAGAGGGCGGUGGAGGAAAAGGGAGGGGAGUGGGAUGCGGAGGCGAGGUGUAGAGUGGCGUGGUUGAUAGAACAGGUUGCUGUGCUCUUGAAUGAUCCCGCGUACCUCUCUGCGAUCAGCAACGUCGUAUCGUCUCUCUCAACCCCGCCCCUCUCGGUCACACCAGCGACCCCAGCACUCUCCCUCUCUCCACCUUCCACUCCCCCAGCCAGCGCCGCGCUCGGUCUCAACCUCGGCCUCGGCACCGCACCGCACGAUCUGAGCCCGGUCAAGAGAGCUCCAUCGAGCAGGUCUUUUUCACAUGCGUAUUCGUCGAGCCGCUUUGGGAGCGUUGAAGCAGGGAGGGGAAGGGGUCAUCAUUCGGCGAGCUACUGCUGA